GGUACUUAACUAACAAAGUUUUCGCUUUCAUUUGCAAAUCAUAGUUUCAUUAGAUGUGUUGUGUUGUCAGUAGGUUGCUCGUGGUUGGUAGUCCUUUUGAAUAAGUAAACUGAAAUUAGAUUCAAUUGUUUUUGUCUACUCGUAAAUUGGAAUUGGUGCUCUAUUCUUUUGUUUCUAUUCGCAAAUAGAACAAAAACUUGUACUGGGUGUGGCUCGACUUAAGAACAACAUUUAACAAGGUCUUGCACGCACGAGAGGAGAAUAUAUAAUGGAAAUUCAAGAUAAGCCGUGAAAUAUAUAGACGCGGCUGAGGGCUGACGCAGAUGUUGCGCGCGCGCCAAAACUGGAGAGAGGAGCGCGCGCGGCCAGCGGGCGAGGCGGCCACCAUCCCGCGCGCCCUCUAGACCUACACACACCCCUAGGCAUUGCACUAUAUACGGUCGGUCAUGAAAAAUCUUGCCCAUUUGCUGGCUGUCCCUAUCAGCGAUCGAGUGGUAACUUUCAUCUCUCUAGUAGCCGCGGUCACACUGCUCUCGCGGACGACAGAAGGGCGGUCCGCCCGUAGGUGGUCGGCGGGAGAACGCGGGCGUGGAGCGUGUAGCCGCACGCGUUUCCCGCACCACACACACCCGCCCAUUCACUGUUAGCAGUAGGCAGUUCACUCGGGGGGAGUUCGAUAGACAAUGUCCGAGGACUUGGACUCGAUCAGCGAGGAAGAACGAAGCUUGUUCCGACCCUUCACAAGAGAGUCACUGGCCGCUAUCGAAGCCCGCAUAGCUGAGGAGCAUGCUAAACAAAAGGAACUCGAGAAAAAACGAGCGGAAGGCGAGAACGAUUUGGGGCGGACGAAAAAGAAAAAAGAAGUGCGUUACGAUGACGAGGACGAGGACGAAGGUCCUCAGCCGGACGCGACCCUGGAGCAGGGCCUGCCGCUGCCGGUGCGAAUGCAGGGCUCCUUUCCGGCGGAGGUGUCCUCCAUACCCCUCGAGGACAUCGACCCCUUCUAUCACAACCAAAGAACAUUCGUAGUUAUAAGCAAGGGUAAAGAUAUCUUCAGAUUUUCGGCAACCAACGCCCUGUGGAUAUUAGACCCUUUCAACCCAAUAAGAAGAGUUGCGAUAUACAUUCUAGUACAUCCUUUGUUCUCGUUGUUUAUCAUUACGACAAUUUUAGUGAACUGUAUUCUUAUGAUAAUGCCUACGACCCCGACAGUCGAAAGUACAGAAGUUAUCUUUACCGGGAUCUACACGUUUGAAUCAGCGGUGAAAGUAAUGGCACGGGGUUUCAUACUUCAGCCAUUCACAUACCUUAGAGAUGCAUGGAAUUGGCUUGACUUCGUAGUUAUAGCUUUAGCUUAUGUGACGAUGGGCAUAGAUCUCGGCAACUUGGCCGCUCUCAGAACGUUCAGGGUACUCCGAGCGCUGAAGACUGUGGCCAUCAUUCCGGGUUUGAAGACUAUCGUGGGCGCCGUCAUAGAGUCAGUGAAGAAUCUGAGAGAUGUGAUAAUUCUGACGAUGUUUUCACUAUCUGUGUUCGCGCUCAUGGGCCUACAGAUUUACAUGGGAGUGUUAACGCAAAAAUGUAUAAAAGUGUUCCCAGAAGACGGCUCCUGGGGGAACCUCACCGAUGAGAACUGGGAGAGGUUUUGCCAGAAUGAGACCAAUUGGUAUGGGGAUGGAGGGGAAUAUCCACUUUGUGGAAAUUCAUCAGGAGCUGGUCAAUGUGAACCCGGAUAUGUCUGUCUGCAAGGCUACGGUCCGAACCCCAACUACGGAUACACGAGCUUCGACACCUUCGGGUGGGCGUUCCUCUCAGCCUUCAGACUUAUGACACAGGAUUAUUGGGAGAACCUCUAUCAGUUGGUAUUGCGGUCAGCGGGAUCAUGGCACGUGCUGUUCUUCGUAGUGAUCAUCUUCUUGGGCUCCUUCUAUCUCGUCAACUUGAUCUUGGCCAUCGUCGCCAUGUCAUACGACGAGUUGCAGAAGAAAGCUGAAGAAGAGGAACAGGCCGAAGAGGAAGCUCUAAGGGAAGCAGAGCAAAAAGCGGCAGCGCGAGCAGACAAGGCGGAAGCACGCGAGGCUCAUGCGCGGGAGGCGGCGGCGGCGGCGCAGGCGGCGGCUUACGCUGAGGCGCACCCUGCCAAGUCCCCCAGCGACUUUUCGUGUCAGAGCUACGAGCUGUUCGUGAACCAGGAGCGCGGCAACCAGGACGACAAUACGCGCGAGCGCAUGUCCCUCCGUAGCGACCCCUUCCAGGACUCGGUGAGCACUCAGCCCACGCACAAGCCCACCGCCACCGACCCGCACCACGACGCACGCCGCCCCAGGAAGGUCAGCAUGGUCCCCCACCCUGAACGCAUAAAUAAAAUCAGCCAGUUACCAUAUGGGCCACUGCGCGAGGGCUCACAGGCUUCGUUAUCACUGCCUGGCUCGCCGUUCAAUUUGCGUCGAGGGUCUCGGGGCUCGCACCAGAUGGCGCUGCGGCCGAACGGGCGGUCGCGGUAUCCACCGGGUGCGGACCGCAAGCCGCUGGUGCUGUCCACGUACCUGGACGCUCAGGAACACCUGCCUUACGCUGACGACUCCAACGCCGUCACCCCCAUGUCUGAAGAGAACGGUGCUAUCAUUAUUCCAGUUUACUACGCUAAUUUAGGAUCUCGUCACUCAUCAUACACGUCGCAUCAGUCGCGGUUGUCGUACACGUCGCAUGGCGACCUGCUGGGCGGUGGUAAGGCGCAGACCAAGGAGGCGCGCCUUAGGAACCGCUCAGCGUCGAGAAACCACAGCGUGACGUCACAACCACACGCCUACCCACUGCCCGGCCAGGACUUCUCGUUAGCGUCCAGGCCACUUAGAGAAUAUGAAAUGAGCACGACUGAAUGUACAGACGAAGCUGGGAAAGUAUUAAAACCAUCGACAGACAAUCCCUUCAUUGAAUCUUCGCAACAACCAAACGUAGUGGACAUGAGAGAUGUAAUGGUAUUGAAUGAAAUCAUCGAGCAAGCCGGCCGCCAGAGUCGAGCAAGCGAUCAGAACGCGGAAGACGAUGAGGAUGGGCCCACGUUCAAGGAGAAGCUCUUGGAGUGCGUGAUGAAGGCAAUAGACUUCUUCUGUGUGUGGGACUGCUGUUGGUUGUGGCUGGAGUUUCAGAAGUACGUGGCUCUGUUGGUGUUCGAUCCGUUCGUGGAGUUGUUCAUCACCCUUUGUAUCGUAGUCAAUACGCUGUUCAUGGCGCUCGACCACCACGACAUGGACAAAGACAUGGAGAAGGCGCUCAAAAGUGGCAACUAUUUUUUCACUGCUACAUUCGGAAUAGAAGCCAUGUUGAAAUUAGUAGCUAUGAGCCCAAAGUUCUACUUCCAAGAAGGAUGGAACAUAUUUGACUUUAUUAUUGUGGCCUUAUCACUGUUGGAGUUGGGAUUGGAAGGUGUUCAGGGUUUGUCAGUGUUGCGUUCCUUUCGUUUGCUUCGAGUAUUCAAAUUGGCAAAGUCAUGGCCGACACUUAAUUUACUCAUCUCCAUAAUGGGUAGGACAAUGGGUGCCUUGGGCAACCUGACCUUCGUAUUGUGCAUCAUUAUUUUCAUAUUUGCGGUGAUGGGUAUGCAACUAUUCGGGAAAAAUUACGUGGAUUACGUAGACCGUUUCCCGGACGGUGACCUCCCGCGAUGGAAUUUCACGGAUUUCAUGCACAGUUUCAUGAUUGUAUUCCGAGUGCUCUGCGGAGAAUGGAUUGAGAGUAUGUGGGACUGUAUGUUGGUCGGAGACGUAUCUUGUAUACCAUUCUUCCUGGCUACAGUCGUCAUUGGCAAUCUUGUGGUACUCAACCUCUUCUUGGCCCUGUUACUGUCCAAUUUUGGUUCAUCGAGUUUAUCAACACCAACCGCUGAUCAGGAUACUAAUAAAAUAGCGGAGGCCUUCAACAGAAUAUCGAGGUUCAUUGAUUGGGUGAAACGUAACGUAGCCGACGUAAUGAAGCUACUGAAGAACAAAUUGACCAAUCAGAUUGCGAUUCACGCUCCCGAGCGAGUCGACAACGAACUGGAACUCGGCACAGACCUGGACGACGCCGUAUUGUACAAAGACAAGAAACUAAAAGACCAAGUAGAAGUAGCUAUAGGUGAUGGUAUGGAAUUCACUAUACCAGGUGACAAUAAAUACAAAAAGGGAAAAAUUUUGUUAAAUAAUAUAAAUGCGAUAACAGAUAAUCAUAGAGACAACCGGUUAGAUUGUGAAUUAAAUCAUCAUGGGUACCCUAUACAGGACGAUGACACAAUAAGUCAAAAGUCGUACGGCAGUCACAAAAUCAGAUCAUUCAAGGAUGAAAGUCAUAAAGGUUCAGCCGACACGAUAGAUGGCGAAGAGAAGAAAGAUGCCAGUAAAGAAGAAUUAGGAUUAGAAGAAGAAAUGGUUGAAGAAGAAGAAGAUGGGAAGUUAGAUGGAGGUCUGGGCAAAACAGACAUCAUAGUAGCAGCAGACGAAGAAGUCGUUGACGACAGUCCCGCUGACUGCUGCCCAGAACCGUGCUACGCGAAGUUUCCAUUCCUCGCUGGCGACGACGAGUCUCCCUUCUGGCAAGGCUGGGGCAUGCUACGGUUGAAGACUUUCAAACUCAUUGAGAACACGUACUUUGAAACGGCUGUGAUUACAAUGAUUUUGCUCAGUAGUUUGGCUUUGGCUUUAGAAGACGUAAACUUACCACAUCGACCCAUCCUUCAGGACAUCUUAUAUUAUAUGGAUCGAAUCUUCACCGUCAUAUUCUUCAUUGAGAUGUUGAUCAAAUGGCUUGCCCUUGGCUUCCAAAAAUAUUUCACAAACGCGUGGUGCUGGCUCGACUUCAUCAUUGUCAUGGUCUCGCUUAUAAACUUCGUAGCGGCGCUUUGUGGCGCCGGCGGCAUUCAGGCGUUCAAAACGAUGAGAACGCUGCGCGCACUGCGCCCGCUCAGAGCCAUGAGCCGCAUGCAGGGCAUGAGGGUGGUGGUAAACGCGCUGGUACAGGCGAUCCCGUCCAUCUUCAACGUGUUACUGGUCUGUCUUAUCUUCUGGCUUAUCUUUGCCAUCAUGGGUGUACAGCUUUUCGCUGGAAAGUAUUUCAAGUGCGUGGAUCUAAACCACACAACACUAAGCCACGAGAUCAUCCCGGACCGGAACGCGUGCAUCUUGGAGAACUACACAUGGGAAAACUCGCCGAUGAAUUUCGACCACGUGGGCAAGGCGUACCUGUGCCUCUUCCAGGUGGCCACUUUCAAAGGAUGGAUACAGAUUAUGAACGAUGCUAUUGAUUCACGAGAGGUGGGACGGCAACCAAUAAGAGAGACGAACAUCUACAUGUACCUGUACUUUGUAUUCUUCAUUAUAUUCGGCUCAUUCUUCACCCUCAACCUAUUCAUCGGUGUGAUCAUUGACAACUUUAACGAACAAAAGAAGAAAGCUGGUGGAAGUCUCGAGAUGUUCAUGACUGAAGAUCAGAAGAAAUACUACAAUGCCAUGAAGAAAAUGGGUUCUAAGAAACCGCUGAAAGCUAUUCCGAGGCCCAAGUGGCGACCACAAGCCAUCGUGUUCGAGAUAGUGACGGACAAGAAGUUCGACAUGAUCAUCAUGUUGUUCAUCGGGCUGAACAUGUUGACGAUGACUCUGGACCACUACCAGCAGUCCGAGACCUUCAGCACAGUGCUCGACUACCUCAACAUGAUAUUCAUCGUGAUAUUCAGUUCAGAGUGCCUACUAAAAAUGUUCGCCUUACGCUAUCAUUACUUCGUUGAGCCUUGGAACUUAUUCGAUUUCGUAGUAGUCAAUUUCUCAAUUCUUAGUUUGGUAUUGAGUGAUAUUAUAGAAAAAUAUUUUGUAUCUCCGACUUUACUGAGAGUCGUGAGAGUGGCGAAGGUGGGUCGUGUGUUGCGUCUCGUGAAGGGCGCGAAAGGUAUCAGGACGUUAUUGUUCGCGUUGGCGAUGUCACUGCCAGCCCUGUUCAACAUCUGUCUGUUGCUCUUCCUUGUCAUGUUCAUCUUCGCCAUCUUCGGCAUGUCAUUCUUCAUGCACGUCAAGGACAAAGGAGGUCUCGAUGACGUCUACAACUUCAAGACUUUCGUGCAGAGUAUGAUCCUGCUAUUUCAGAUGUCUACAUCAGCCGGAUGGGACGGUGUACUGGAUGGUAUCAUCAAUGAGGAAGAGUGUGAUCUGCCGGACAACGAGAGAGGGUACCCCGGCAACUGUGGCUCGGCCACCAUCGGCAUCACAUACUUGCUGUCCUACCUCGUCAUCUCUUUCCUCAUUGUUAUUAACAUGUACAUCGCCGUCAUUCUCGAGAAUUACUCACAGGCGACAGAAGACGUUCAAGAGGGUCUCACGGACGACGAUUACGAUAUGUAUUACGAGAUCUGGCAGCGGUUCGACCCGGAUGGCACACAGUACAUUCGCUACGAUCAGCUGUCAGACUUCCUGGACGUGUUGGAACCGCCGUUGCAGAUCCACAAGCCCAACAAGUACAAGAUUAUAUCUAUGGACAUCCCGAUAUGUCGUGGCGACAUGAUGUUCUGCGUCGACAUCCUCGAUGCACUCACAAAAGACUUCUUCGCGCGGAAAGGCAACCCCAUCGAGGACCCCGGCGACCUGGAGGUGGGGCGGCCCGACGAGGUGGGCUACGAGCCCGUGUCGUCCACGCUGUGGCGCCAGCGCGAGGAAUACUGCGCGCGCCUCAUACAGCACGCCUGGCGCCGCCACCGCCGCGCGCACGACGCGCCGGGCUCCCGUCUAGCGGCGGCAGAGCGCCGCGGCCGGGCGGCGCGCGCCCGCGCCCGCCUGGACCGACUUCUUCGCGUUCUAGAGACGUUCGACGUGUUUACUGGAGUGUUUUGUAUUCGCGUGGCCGAAGCUUAG